AAAAUCUGGUAACCGUAAUAGGCAAGUGCAGACUUCUUUCAUUAUGUCCUUUUACUGCUUAGCUCUGCUGGCCUCAACAUCCCCCUGAAUUUCGCUGUAACUAGAAGAAUUUUCAAAACGUAUUCCAGAAUUGCAACGUGUAGGAUUUGCUAUAGUUCUAUGUAACUUUGCAGUUCUAAGUUUCUUUGCAGCUUGCUUCCCUGUUUCAAAAAAUGUGUUUUGUAACUUUUAAGAUUCUGAUCUUUUGCAAUAAAAGGUCAAAAUAGAGCAGAAUCUCAGAGAUUUUGAGCAAUAAGAAGGAGAAUAGGGCAGGCCAACACAAAAUAAUAUUUAUAACGAGGGUCUACACCUCUGAUUUCUUCUCCUGCCAUCCCCACCUACCAUGCACACCAGCCUGGUGUAUGUGUGUGUGUGUGGAUGAAAAUAAAGCUAUAUUAGAUAUACUCAAAUAGUGCUUGCUAAUUCCAGAUGCUGCUAACUGUGCCCAGUGCCCAGAAGAUCAAUACCCAAGCAAGGACCAAGACCAGUGUAUUGCCAAGAAAAUCAACUUCCUUUCGUAUCACGAGGCUUUGGGAUUUGUUUUAGCUUCUCUGGCUCUUUUCCUUUCUCUAAUCACCUCAUUAAUCCUGGUAACCUUCAUUAAAAACAAGGACACCCCAAUUGUCAGAGCCAAUAACCGCAACCUCACUUAUAUCCUCCUUGUCUCCCUCCUGCUCUGCUUCCUCUGCUCCUUCCUCUUCAUUGGUCGACCCAAAAAAGUCACCUGUCUUCUCCGGCAAAUGGCUUUUGGAAUCACCUUCUCUGUUGCCAUUUCUUCCAUUUUGGCAAAAACCGUCACGGUAGUUCUGGCCUUCAUGGCCACCAAGCCAGGAAACGUGGCCAGAAAACUCUUGAAGACACAAUUAGCAAGCACCAUUGUCCUGGUCUGUUCCCUCAUUCAAGCAGUUAUCUGUGCCAUCUGGCUGGCAACCUCUCCCCCAUUCCCAAACCUGGAUUUCUACUCCAUGGCUGUGGAGGUUGUAGUGGAAUGCAAUGAAGGCUCCGUCACCAUGUUUUACUCUGUCCUGAGUUACAUGGGUUUCCUGGCCCUCAUCAGUUUCACAGUAGCCUUCCUAGCUAGGAAGUUGCCUGACAGCUUUAACGAAGCCAAAUUUAUCACCUUCAGCAUGCUGGUCUUUUGCAGUGUUUGGAUCUCCUUUGUGCCCACCUACCUGAGCACCAAAGGGAAGUUCAUGGUGGCCGUGGAGAUCUUCUCCAUCUUGGCCUCUGGUGCUGGUCUCUUGGGUUGCAUCUUUCUCCCCAAAUGCUACAUUAUUCUCCUGAGACCUAACCUCAACAGCAGAGAGCAUCUAAUAAGAAAGAAAUAUCAAGGAGCUUAAGAAACUAAAUAUCUCAUAACUUCCUAUACAAAGAAACUGGUUGAACUAUUCUUUAGCUAAUGUGAUCAGGUUUAACUACCAGACUUUUACAAGACAUCUGAAGGCAGCUCUGUUUAGGGAAGCUUUUAAUGUUUAAUAGACUAUUGUAUUUUAAUAUUCUGUUGAAAGCCGCCCAGAGUGGCUGGGAAAACCCAGCCAGAUGGGUGGGGUAUAAAUAAUAAAUUAUUAUUAUUAUUAUUAU